GCUGACCUGCUUUCUCCCCCUCUCUCCAGGCUGUUCCUCUAAGUCAUUCAAGCUGUACUCGCCAAAGGAGCCCCCGAACGGCAACGCCUUUCCCCCCUUCCACCCGGGCACCAUGCUGGAUCGAGAUGUGGGACCUACUCCCAUGUACCCACCUACGUACCUGGAGCCUGGAAUCGGGAGGCACACACCGUAUGGGAACCAGACUGACUACAGGAUAUUUGAGCUCAACAAACGGCUGCAGAACUGGACAGAGGAAUGUGACAAUCUGUGGUGGGACGCCUUCACCACGGAGUUCUUUGAGGAUGACGCCAUGUUAACAAUCACUUUCUGCUUGGAGGAUGGACCAAAGAGAUAUACAAUCGGCCGGACUCUGAUUCCCCGUUACUUCCGCAGCAUCUUUGAAGGGGGGGCCACAGAGCUCUACUACGUGCUCAAGCACCCCAAGGAGUCGUUCCACAACAACUUUGUCUCGCUGGACUGCGACCAGUGCACCAUGGUGACCCAGCAUGGCAAGCCCAUGUUCACCCAGGUGUGCGUGGAGGGUCGGCUCUACUUGGAGUUCAUGUUUGAUGACAUGAUGAGGAUAAAGACGUGGCAUUUCAGCAUCCGCCAGCAUCGAGAGCUCAUCCCCCGCAGCAUUCUUGCCAUGCAUGCACAGGACCCCCAGAUGCUGGACCAGUUAUCCAAGAAUAUCACCCGCUGUGGGCUCUCAAACUCCACACUCAACUACCUCCGACUCUGUGUAAUCCUAGAACCAAUGCAGGAGCUCAUGUCACGGCACAAGACUUACAGCCUCAGUCCCCGGGACUGCCUCAAGACUUGCCUGUUCCAGAAGUGGCAGCGGAUGGUCGCCCCCCCUGCGGAGCCAGCGCGGCAGCAGCCCAGCAAGCGCCGGAAAAGGAAGAUGUCAGGGGGCAGCACCAUGAGCUCCGGUGGGGGAAACACCAACAACAGCAACAGCAAGAAGAAGAGCCCGGCCAGCACCUUUGCCCUGUCCAGUCAGGUACCUGAUGUGAUGGUGGUAGGCGAGCCCACGCUGAUGGGGGGGGAGUUUGGGGACGAGGACGAGCGACUCAUCACCCGGCUGGAGAACACGCAGUUUGACGCCGCCAACGGCAUCGACGACGAGGACAGCUUCAACAACUCGCCGGCGCUGGGGGCCAACAGCCCCUGGAACAGCAAACCGCCCUCCAGCCAGGAGAGCAAGUCAGAGAACCCCACGUCGCAGGCGUCGCAGUAACGGCCCGGCGGCCGCCCCGUGGACUCAGUCCAAACCGAUCUACCUGUACAUUU